UCUAAAUACAUGUGAAAAUAGUAUAUAAGAGAAUUUAAUGAUUAAACAAAAAAAAAAGAUAUAUAAAGUGAAAAUUUGUGGUGCAGAAUAAAAUUCUCGUAAGAGAGAAAAAAAGUUUUGAAAAGUGAAACAAACAAAUAAUUAACGCACGAUUGAACAAAAGUGUUAUUAAAUUCAAAAAUCAUCGUCACAGCAAAAAAUAAACGAGCAAAAAGGACGCUUUUUUACCUAAAGAAGGGUGACAAGAAAGAAAGAAAAAACAACCUGAACAAUUUUUUGUACAAAUAAAAGUCAAGAUAAGCAGAAAAGUGGUCAAUGUCAACAUACACACAAACCUUCAACGUAAGAAAAAAAGAUUGUUUGAAGUAAAGGUGACAUAAUUCAAACAAGAAGAAUCCGUGUCAGCUGUCGUUCUUUUUUUGUGAUAUAUUAAAUUUAUGCGAUAAGACCUUCUGUACUGCAGAGAACGGGACAAAAAAUCAGCUUAAAGUAAACAACAGCAAACAACAUUUAUGGAAAGAAUUCGCGUCGUCGACAAGAAGAGCAAGUAGCGGCGCAACAUUACCAUUAACAACACACCGUAUAAAUGUAUAAUAAAAUAUCAACAGACGAUAUUAUCAUUGCCGAGAUACAUUAAAGGCAUAUUUGCACAAAGCCGAAAAAAAAGUGAAGAAGAACUCACGCAAAGCAAAAAAAAAGUAAAGAGAGAGUAUUGAAUACAUAAAUAAGUGACUUUAGGCAGUUUUUUCUUUUCAACUCCUCACUCUUCGCUGCUAUUUCGUGCUGUCUUCUAACGAAGAAGACACAUAAAACACACCUGACUUUUACUCUUCUUCUUAACAUAACAUGACUUUUACUAAUUUCAAGUUCGUCUAAUGUCGUGAUCGUGCGAAAAGUCCCAAAACAAACGAAAAAGUGAAUGAAAUUUUAAUCACAAAAAAGAGACAUUUGAAUAAAAAAAAAGAACCACGUGUAAUGUAAUGAAAAAUAAAUUUGCUUUAAAUGUAAGUUUUAGUCGACUGUCGUCAACAACAACAAGUUGAAGCAAAAUAUCACACAAGAGAAAGUUGUAGUCGUGGGAAAAUUACCAAAAAUCCUGUUCAAAUGAAUGUUGUUUACAUUUUAGGGUUAAUUAUAGUAACAAAAUUUAUUCGCACUGGUACCGCUGAUAAAAACGACUUUCCUUUGUACUUCGAGAAGGGAGCAUACGAAACAGAGGUCGAUGAAAAUGCAGACAUCAAUCAAACGAUUCUCACAGUUGCGGCCAGGAAUCACGACGAGUCGCCGAAUAUUCGAUACAAGAUUGCAAGCGGUAACGUAGGCAAUGUGUUUGGAAUAAAAGACUCCACAGGAGAAAUUUUUGUAGCUCGUAGUUUAGAUUAUGAAACAUUAAAAAAGUAUGAACUUAAAAUUCAAGCGACUGAUAAUCGUAAAGAGAACUUUACGACUGUUAUUGUACAUGUUCGCGAUGUCAAUGAUAAUCCACCGAUUUUUGAUAAAACAUCAUAUCGCACACAAAUCACCGAAGAAGAUGAUCGUGGAUUACCGAAAAAAGUUAUUAAGGUUACAGCAACAGAUGCUGACGUCGAUAGACCCAGCAAUAUUAUGUAUUUUUUAACUGGACCGGGAAUUGAUCCAGAAAAUCCAGCUGAUAGUAAUUUUGAUAUUAAUAAAGCUACAGGGGAAAUUUUUGUAUUAAAACCAUUGAAUCGAGAUCCGCCAAGCGGGCGUGCUCAAUGGAAAUUUACCGUCUUCGCACAAGAUGAAGGCGGCGAAGGAUUAGUCGGCUUUGCCGAAGUUACAAUUAGUUUAAAAGACGUUAACGAUAAUGCGCCAUCGUUCGCCCAAGGCAUCUACUAUGGCAAUGUGUCGGAAAACGGCACAGCAGGCAUCACAGUGAUGCGAAUGAAAGCUGACGACUUUGACGAUCCCUCCGAAGGACUAAAUGCCAAACUCGUGUACUCUAUCGAGAAAAAUGCCAUCGAAGAGGAUACGGGUGUCCCAAUUUUCGACAUUGAUCGAGAUACGGGCGUCAUUACGACAGCUGUGUGUUGUCUGGAUCGCGAACGAACGCCAGAUUAUUCGUUGCAAAUUGUCGCGACAGAUGGAGGCGGCUUAAAAGGUACGGGAACAGCAAGUAUUCGUGUACAAGACUUGAACGAUAUGCCGCCUCAUUUCACAAAAGACGAAUGGUUUGUCGAAGUUGAGGAAACAGAUGGAACAAAAGUACCCGAUUUACCGAUUCUCACUGUUACGGUGAACGACGAAGACGAAAUCAACGAUUUUCAGUACAAGAUAAUCGAGAAUAGCGGUUAUGGCGCCGACAAAUUCUCGAUGAUUAAAAAUAGCGAUGGCACAGGUAGUUUAAAAGUUGUGCAACCCUUAGAUUUUGAGGAUCCCAUGCAAAUGAAUGGGUUUCGAUUUAGAAUACAAGUCAUUGAUAGUGUUGGUAUAAAUGACUCUAACAAAUAUCAUGUCGCUCACUCGUGGGUAGUUGUAAAGUUGCGUGACAUUAACGACAACGUUCCUAGAUUCAAGAAGGCGAGUUUGGAGACGAGUGUUAACGAAGAUGCGCCUGUAGGAAAGCUACUUGGCACAUUUAAAGCAUUCGAUAUCGAUAAAGGAGGCAAAGGCAGAAUAACUUAUAGCAUUAAUAGAGCCACAGAUCGAAAUCGCCAAUUCGCUAUUAGUCAAGAUGGUACAGUUAGUAUACAGAGACACUUAGAUAGGGAAACAAAUCCGAGGCAUUUGCUCGAAAUACUUGCGGUAGAUGAUGGAGUUCCGCCGAAAACAGCAACAGCUUCCUUGACAGUUAUUGUUAAAGAUGUGAAUGAUAAUGCGCCGAGAUUAGCGGAAGCAUAUCGUCCUGUUGUAGAGGAGAAUGAACCUCCGAGGAAGAUUGCAGAACUCUUUGCUGUAGAUGAUGACGAUAGAUUACGCGGAAAUGGACCUCCGUUUCAAUUUAGACUUGAUCCGAAUGCUGCUGAUAUAAUUCGAUCGUCCUUUAAAGUUGAACAAGAUCAAAAAGCUGCUGGCGGAGAAGGCAAAGCAAUCGUCUCAACACUUCGUUCCUUUGAUCGUGAACAACAAAAGGAAUAUCACAUUCCAAUUGUUAUCAAAGAUUCCGGAAAUCCUCCAAUGACAGGAACAAGCACAUUAACUGUCGUCGUUGGAGACAUUAACGAUAAUCGAAUGGCAGCUGGUUCAACUGAAAUCCAUAUCUACAACUAUCAAGGACAAACCCCCGAUACGCAAAUUGGUCGAGUUUUUGUAAACGAUCCUGACGAUUGGGAUUUGAACGACAAAAAAUUCUAUUGGGAAGAUCAGGAGAACCCGAGAUUUAUUUUAAACGAACAUACGGGCAUGCUAACAAUGCGACGCGGAGCACGCGAUGGAAGAUAUUCACUAAAAUUCAAAGUACAAGAUCGAAAACACUUGCAAUAUGUAACUGCUAAUGUCACGAUCCACAUUGAAAACAUAAAUUAUGAAACGAUAAAGAAUUCAGCUUCGAUUCGUUUGAAUGGCAUCAGCACGGAGGAGUUUAUCAAUGUAUGGAAUGCAAAAAGUGAGACACUGAUGCGUAGCAAACUAGAUUUAUUCCGUGGAAAAAUUGCCGAGCUACUGAGUUUGGAUAAGAAAAACGUUAUCGUUUUCAGUGUGCAAGCAAAACAGGAGAAUCCGCCCAUUACUGAUGUACGAUUUGCUGCACGAACGAAUUACUACUUCAAGCCUGUGCGUCUCAAUGGUUUGGUUAUGUUGUUCAAGCGUGAAAUUGAAAAGGAAGUCGGUGUGAAUAUCACAAUGGUGAACAUUGACGAAUGCAUUGACGAGAAUGCCAACUGCAAUGGUUCGUGCACUACCAAGGAGCAAAUUAAUCCAAUCCCCUAUUUGGUGAAUAGCAAUCGAACAGCUCUUGUAGGCGUUCGAAUCACAACUGAAGUUGAAUGUUCCUGCGGCGCACGGAAUUUCAAUACGACAGAAACGUGCAAAACGUAUCCUUGCUAUAACGGAGGUCGAUGUCUCGAAACAAAAACAGGCGUAAAAUGUACAUGCCCUCAAGGUUAUUCCGGUCCAAAAUGUCAACAAACGAUACGAAGUUUCCGCGGAAAUGGAUGGGCUUGGUAUCCCCCGCUUGACAUGUGUGACAAUUCGCAUCUGUCAUUGGAGUUCAUUACACGAAAGUCAGAUGGCGUCUUGUUCUAUAAUGGGCCUAUUGUACCGCCAAAUAAAGCAAACGGCGAAUCUGAGAACUCUGAUUUCAUCAUCUUGGAGUUAGAAAGUGCUUAUCCUCGUUUACUCAUUGAUUACGGAUCUGGCACGUUAGAGCUCAAAGUAAAGACGAAACUUCCAUUGAACAAUGGAGAAUGGCAUCACAUUGACAUCUUUUGGGAUGCGGAAGACAUAAAACUCGUAGUUGAUCAUUGUCGUCAUGCAGAAGUUACUGAAUAUGAGGAAGGCACUCAACCUGAUUUUGAUACGACGCAUUGCAUGUCAAAAGGAAAGAUUCCCGUGUUCAAUGAAUAUCUGAAUGUUAAUACUCCAUUACAGCUUGGCGGAGUUUUUCGUGAAAAGUUUGGUUAUACGCAUCCAAAAUGGCAAUAUCAACCAAUUGGAACAGGAUUUGAUGGAUGCAUUCGUAAUUUCCGUCAUAAUGGGAUCAUUUACGAUCUUGCGCAUCCUGGAUUAUUCCGUAAUAGUUUCCCCGGAUGCCCUCAAGUUGAUGACGUUUGUAACUUGAGUGAACAAACACAACGUUGCAUGGAACACGGAAACUGUGUUGGUAACUUUAACGAAGCAAAAUGCGAAUGUGAACCUGGAUACACAGGACCUCUCUGUAACUAUCAAACAACUCCAACUUCCUUCAAACAACAAAGUUACAUCAAAUACGCUUUGAGCUUCGAACCUGAUAAGUUUACGACAGAGAUCCAGUUACGAUUCAGAACUCGUGAGAAACAUGGCGAACUUUUCCGUGUCGGAGAUCAACAUAACCGCGAAUACGGAAUAGUUGAUAUCAAAAAUAGCAGGAUUCGUUUCCGUUAUAACCUCAAUCCAAAUGAAUCGGAAGAACAUGAAGUCACAUUACCUUCUGCUAAUAUCGACGAUGGGCAAUGGCAUUUCCUGAAAGUCAGUCGAUAUGGAAGCUCAGCAAUUCUCGAAUUGGAUGGCGGCGAAAGUAAGAAUUAUAAUGACACAUUUUCGUUUGAAGGACAUCAAUGGUUGACAAUUGAUAAGCAAGAGGGCGUUUAUGUUGGCGGCAAAGCAGAAACGACGGGAAUUAAGACAAUUGAGGUUAAGAAUGAUUAUCAGAAUAGUUGUAUUGAUGAUUUGCGGUACAAUGGGAAGAGUUUGCCAUUGCCGCCUGCAAGUAAUGGAACACAAUAUGCUCAAGCUUCGGUUUCGAGAAAUGUGGAUCGUUAUUGUAUGUCAAAUAAUCCGUGUGCUAACUCAUUUUGCAUGGAUCCAUUUGUUUGCGUUGAUUUGUGGAAUAAAUUUGAAUGCACUUGCGGCGAAGGCCUUGUAAUGUCGGGCGACAAUCGCGGAUGUAUCGAUCGCAACGAAUGCCUGGAUUUCCCAUGUCUCAAUGGCGGUACAUGCUACAACAAAGAGCCACGUUUGCGAUAUUCGUGUGCAUGUCCUGCCGAUUAUUACGGCGAUAAUUGUGAGUUUGUGCGUGAGCAACAGCAUCUCAAACUUAGUACAAGUGCCUUGGCCUCUGUCGUUGCCUGUUUAGUUGUAAUCAUAAAUAUCAUUGUAGUUCUUUUGUUCAUAUACUUUGCGUGUUCACGCCGACGUCCAUCACACUUGACGAAGAAACCGCCUACCAAAGAUGAUAUUCGGGAGAAUAUCAUCAAUUACUGCGACGAGGGCGGCGGCGAAAAUGACAUGACUGCAUUCGACAUGAAGACGCUAAAAGUUCCGUUGGGUCAAUUGCCGGAAUUGGUGCAACAUAAAGUGCCCGUUACGAUAGGACCCGAUAUUGCUGUUGUAUCUGACAAAAUAGGCAAAGUUGAUAUCUUUAUUGAGGAACGAAAACGCCGCGUUGACGUCGAAAUGUGUCCCGGGACGACAGCAGUGCCGUAUCACGACGAUUUACGGAGCUACGUGUACGAAGGCGGCGGCGGAAGUACUUCACAAGCUCAAUCUCUUCCUAUUCCUAUUCCGAUUAUCGAACACAGGAACUGAUGAUGAUGAUGUGACGCACGAUUAUAAGUUAAUAACGACAUCCGCGGGUCCAUCUUUUGAUAAAAUUUGCCAUCUUUAUGCCAGUGAUAACGAUUCCAUUAGUAAUAGUAGUCAUAAUAAUUGUCAUAAGAUACUUUUUGUGAGCGAC